UGGAAAAUCCAGAUAAUAGAACAAUGACUCUCAACUUUUCUUCCCUUUUACCUCUCUAUAGAGAAUUUUGCUAAGCCAACAGAGGACUUAAAAAUAUUUACUUUGGGUCUUGAGGAGGGAAAUGAAGAAGUCUGUAACCUCGCUAGUGGUGUCAGAUUGAAAAACUUGUCACUGCCAGCAUCAUUAAAAGAAAUCUCUCUGGUCCAGCUGGAUAGCAUGAGCCUGUCCCACCAGAUGUUGGUGAGAUGUGCAGCCAUCGUUGGCCUGACCUUCGCUACGGAACUGUUGUUUGAGAUUCUCCCUUGUUGGAACAUGAAGAUGAUGAUCAAUGCCCUGGCAACCCUUGUGGAAUCCAACGUCUUUGAUUGUUUCCGGAAUGGCAGGGAGCUCCGAAUAGCCCUAAAACAGAACGCGGCCUCGUUUGAGGUGAAUUAUCGCUCCCUCUCUCUGCAACCACUCUCUGAAGGAAUGGGGGCUGACUUGUUGCCCACUGCCUUUCUGUCCUCUCUAGUCCAUGGCGAACAGGAAGAGCUCCGUGAGCUGGAAAGUGAGGUGAUUGAGUGCCACAUAAUUCGAUUCUGUAGCCCGAUGAUGCAGAAAACAGCCUAUGAGCUGUGGCUGAAAGACCAGAAGAAAGCCAUGCACUUGAAAUGUGCCCGCUUUCUGGAAGAAAACGCCCACAGGUGUGACCACUGCCGAAGUGGAGACUUCGUCCCCUUUCACCACUUUGCAGUGGACAUCCGGCUCAACACUUUGGACUUGGAUACCAUUAGGAAGAUGGCUAAGUCCCAUGGAUUUCAAAGUAAACUUUCUUCGUUCCUAAUUAGUCCUAACUAUUCCUGGGGAACGUGGAGACAAGACCUAGAAGAAGUGGGUCUGGACCAUGAGGAUUUCAAGUCCUCUGCAGGCUCGGGCACCACGAAUGAUGAGACGUGAGCAGCGUAGGUCAGCAGGGCAGGAAGUUGGAGAGUAUACAUGUAGCUGAGUUGGCAGAACCAAUCUCACUCUGAGACUGUCAGGGAGGAUUCUGGGGUAAGGACUCUGGCAAAACGGGGUGUGAUCAGAGCUCAAAUUAAAAUGUCCAAAGGAAUAAAACAGACCCAGCUUCAUUCACACCAAGGGAUGGAAUCCAAGGAGGGUAGCGGGUAGGGAGCAGGGUCUGACAUGAAGUGGGGGGAAGAGCAAGAUCCAAGAGGGAGUGGUGUUUCUUUGGCAGAUAAAAUGUUGUUGCUCUGUCUAGUUUGAAACAAGGUUCCAGUGGAAAAAAAUGUAUGAGUGGGAGAGAAUUAGCCAGGACUAAGCAUGUCAGGGCCCCCAGAAAAGAGGGCUUGGGUUUAUGACAGGGAUUCAAGACCAUCUGAGAUGCAAGUAAGAAAGUUACAAACUGAUAGCACAAACUGGCCACAUGAUCUGGGAAAACGUAGUAAGGAUUCAAGGGGCAUAAGGGCCCAGAGACUCAGUUACUGCAGGCACAAUGGAUGUCAGACUUAGGGCAGCAAUGCCAACUCCAGCCCUCAUUCGGGGGUGGCCAGGGAACACCCGGUGGACUUCCUGCUCUAGUCACAGGGCCUCCAUGAUUAUGACUAAAUCUGGUCAGGAAAACAGGCUACACAUAGAGGACUCCUAUCUUAUAAGUAUUGGGAAAGAAUGUAUGUAAAGUGCCCAGCACAUAGUA